CUUCGGAAUUCACUCUCGAAAGAACAUACUUUGAAGACUUCAAACACUGCAAGCAAGUUUGGCAUUUUCAUAAAAAGUUGCUCUAUUGGAGAUCUGAAGGAAGCAGCAACUGGCUUUACUCCUUGCAUAAAUUUAUUCUGGGAGACAUCUGCUGGACGGACAACAGUUGGCUGCAAGCAUGAAUGCAAUGAAACAAAACAAGUGACAAAUCCUGGAAGACAGUGUCUUGCACUUCCUCUCGCCGCUCAAAACAAAGCCAAAUCUGGUGUGAAAUACACGUGCACAUUAGGUGAAUGCGACACUAAACAGAAUUGCCAUCCUACUGACCUGUUUAUCGGCUGCUGGAAAGGCUAAUAUUGAGCUACUAAUGAGUAACAAACGGGUAAAGUUUUGGGAGUUUGAAAGUGUCACCUAAGAUAUCUCAAUUCUGCCGAUGUUUUAAUAAAUUUUUAAAUGAAAAUGUUUUAGUCUAGAAA